AUGAGCUGGUGGUGGGCUGGUGCCAUUGGCGCUGCUAAGAAGAAACUCGAGGAAGAUGAAACACCCAAAAGUUUCCAGAGCGUUGCGUUGGUAGUCGGAGUGACCGGCAUUGUUGGCAACAGCUUGGCUGAAAUCCUUCCAUUAUCCGACACCCCUGGCGGUCCAUGGAAAGUUUACGGGGUGGCUCGUCGCCCAAGGCCUCAUUGGCACGCCGAGCAUCGGAUCGAGUACAUUCAGUGUGACGUCUCCGAUCCCAAGGACACCGAAUCCAAGCUCUCCCAACUCACCGAUGUCACACACAUCUUCUACGUCAGCUGGGUCAAUCGAACCACUGAGACCGAUAACUGUGAAAUCAACGGUUCGAUGCUCCGCAACGUGUUGCAUACCUUGAUCCUGAACGCACCCAAUCUCCGCCAUAUCUGCCUCCAAACCGGAGCCAAGCAUUACGUGGGAUCGUUCGAGUACAUAACGUCGGGGAAAAUCGAACCGCAUGAUCCACCUUUUACCGAAGAUUUGCCACGCUUAAAUACUCCCAACUUUUUCUACGUCCAAGAAGACAUCCUCUUACAAGAAAUCGAGAAAAAACAAGGAUUAACAUGGUCGGUACACCGACCCAAUACUAUAUUUGGGUUUUCGCCUUACAGUUUGAUGAACAUCGUCGGAACCCUUUGCGUUUACGCCGCCAUUUGUAAAUACGAAGGGAAACCAUUACUGUUCCCAGGAAACAAAGUCACAUGGGAAAGUUAUUCGGAAGUUUCGGAUGCGGAUUUGAUCGCGGAGCAUCAGAUAUGGGCGGCGGUGGAUCCGUACGCCAAGAACGAAGCAUUUAACGUGAACAAUGGGGAUAUUUUCAAGUGGAAGCAUUUGUGGAAAGUGUUAGCGGAGCAGUUUGGGAUAGAGAAAUAUGGGUUGGAGGAAGGGAAGAAUGUAGGGUUGAAGGAGAUGAUGAAAGGGAAGGAAAGUGUGUGGGAAAAGAUAGUGAAUGAGAAGGGGUUGCAGAAGACGAGGUUGGAGGAGGUUGGGUUUUGGUGGUUCGUGGAUAUCCUGUUGUCGAUGAUGCCGAUGGAGUCGCCGAUAUUGUGUAUGAAUAAGAGUAAGGAGCAUGGGUUUUUGGGUUUCCGGAAUUCCAAGAGUUCUUUAAUCACUUGGAUUGAUAAGAUGAAGGCUUUCAAGAUUGUGCCUUGAAUGCUUCCCUUUCCUUUUCCCCGUGGAUUUACUCAAAUUUAUCCAUAUUUUACCUUCUAAGCCUCACAAUAAAGCUUCUUGAU